CGCUGCCAGAGCAGUCUGCAAGCGCCGGGAAAUUUAAAAACCGUUUGUAUCGAUUCAAAAAAUUCAGAGGAGAUCGGAGCAUUGGGAAAAUCUCUGCAGUCUCUGGAAGGCGAUGAUAGAAAACGAGAUUAGAACGGAGAUGUCAGGGAUAUUAAGGACUUCGGGACAUGAUCACUCAACCCAGGAUUACAGGACCAGCCUUUUGACCCCUGACCCUUGCCAGCUGAGUGAGGAUGACCUCCCAAGUGACCUGCAAUCCUUGUCUUGGCUGACAUCUGUUGAUGUCCCCCGUUUACAACAGAUGGCGACAGGUCGAAUGGACUUUAAUCUGAGUGCCCAGAAUUCAACGUUGACAACGCAAACAGGCCUGGUUCUCCAUGACAUGUCUAAUAAUAUGACACCAACAUCAGUCCAAGGAGCCAUGAUCCAGUACUCUGUUACAGGACAACACCCAUCUGGGUUUCAGACACAGCAGUCCCUUUACCAAGCGCAUUCCCAGCAGCUGUACAGCCUUUCACAACCCAGCCAGCAGUGCUCUCCUGGAAAUAUUUACAGCCCAGCUUAUCAUACACAGUCUCAGUAUUCACAGGCCCGAAUUGCCACUCACGGUGACCAGGACCUCCAACCCAAGACCUACCCCAAACCCAUCUAUUCUUACAGCUGUCUGAUUGCCAUGGCACUAAAGAACAGCAAAACAGGAAGCCUCCCAGUCAGUGAGAUCUACAGCUUCAUGAAGGAGCACUUUCCUUAUUUCAAGACUGCUCCAGAUGGCUGGAAGAAUUCUGUCAGACACAACCUCUCACUGAACAAGUGCUUCGAGAAGGUGGAGAACAAGCUGAGUGGCUCUUCACGGAAAGGGUGCCUUUGGGCACUCAAUCCAGCCAAGAUUGAAAAGAUGGAGGAAGAGAUGCAGAAAUGGAAGCGCAAGGAUCUUGGAGCGAUUCGCAGGAGCAUGGCAAACCCAGAUGAAUUGGACAAAUUGAUAUCUGAUCGGCCAGAAAACUGCAGGAGGCCGUCAAAAUAUUCGGAGAGAACAAUUCACACGGCAACGCAGGUGACCAGCGCACAAGGAAGCCUUGCGGUGCCACAUCUCCCCCACCAGUCUGUGGCCACCCUUUCCUUGCACCCCCUGCCUUUGCACCACCACAUCCAACAGCAACAGCGACAGACGCGGAUUAGCCCUGACUCACCGGCGCCAGCUCAGAGUCCGCCUCUCCACGCCAUGCCAGAUAUUAGCCACAGCCCGUUGUUGCACCAUGGAGCUAGCAGGGUUGCUUCCGAUUUAUUCUGCAUGACAACAGACAUGAACACUGAUGUUGAUGCCCUCGACCCAACCAUCAUGGACUUUGCUUUGCACGGAAAUCUAUGGGAAGAAAUGAAAGAUGAGAGUUUCAACUUGGACACACUCGGUGCGUUUAGCACAUCUCCGCUCCGUCUCUCAGACUCUCCUCUUGGAACAGUUGGUCUCACUCCUGUGUCCAGUGGAAGCGAAAAUUCAUUCUCUGAUCUGCAGGUUACUGGUCUUUACACCACCUAUGCUAGCUUGGAGAAUGUCCCAGCACAAUACCUGAACGCACAAGGGAAUAAGCCAAUAGCACUGCAAUAAAGAAAUGGUUCUCCGAUCUGCCAGGACCUGCUAAUAAGCGAUAUGUUGAUGCACUGAAGGCUAAACAUAUAACAUCACUGGAAAGAGUUAUUAUGUUACUUCUUAAGUCAUAAGCAUAUUUAACUCUCAUGUAAGGCUGUAGUUUUUCAAUGGAUUUGGUUGUCUUAAAUCAUUCAGCCUUUGGAAGGAAUUUUACACUCCAUGCUGUCUGCAAGUCUGGCAAACUAAAAGCAGCCUUCAUGUGGAACAGGCUUAAAAGAUGAACACGAAAAGUGUAUUGUCUACUAUUGACAUGACUGAAGAACAGCCAAACUGUUCUCAUUAAAGAAUGGUUUUUGGUAAAUAAUAAAAACAUAUUGAUUAACUGAUUACAAAAGCCUUGGAGUGAGAUGGAAAAACAACAAACGUUUAACUGCAAAGUUAAAUCUGUAAAUUGUUCAGAUUUUAGCAUUGUUUACCUCUCAAUGAUAGCAUAUUAAUAUUCAAUUUAUAACAAAGCAAUAUUGUACUUCUUUGGUUAUGUCCAGUUUUGUUGAUGAAUAAUACCCAGAUUGGCAAACAAUGUACAUAUCAGCCCACUUUAGCCAUUUGACCAAAUUUACAUCCAGUGAAUCAAAGCAGACCAUGGAAAAGCACCCAAACAGAAAAGACCAUCAGACCCAUGAAGUUGCUCGUUACAUAAAUAAUUUCAAAAUUGUUGACACCAUUGACGUUAUGAAAAAUGUUGGGUGCUGCUCGUGCUGCUGUGUUUGGAUGAUAACUUGCCACAGAUCACAAUGCAAAACCUAUUUUUGAUAUGAAUUUGCAGAGUCAAGUUUUGAAUGAUUUUAGUUAGAAGGAUGAAGAAGAUUAACUGCAGGAUUUUGUAACUUGGUGGAAGAAUGAAGCUGGGAAAGUAAAAAGGAAGGACUCAAGAAAUCACUAGCAAUCCAGUGAAAUUGUGACGAAUGCAAUCAUCAGAAUCAUGGCAGAUUCUUGGAUGAGAGAUUGACUAGGUUGGGAUUGUUUUUGCUAGAGUUCAGAUGUUUUUGGGGAGAUCUCACAGUGACUUAUAAAAUUCUGACAGGACUAGACAGGGUAGAUGCAGGGAGGAUGUUCCUGAUGAUAGGUAUGUACAGAACCGGGGUCACAGUAUGAGGAUUUGGGGUAGAUGAUUUAGGACGGAGAUGAGGAGACAUUUCUUCAUCCAGAGAGUGGUAAGCCUGUGGAAUUCAUUACCACAUGAAGUAGUUGAUGCCAAAACAUUGAAUGUAUUCAAGAGGUGAAUAGAUAUAGUACUUGGGGGCAACUGUGAUCAAAGGUUAUGGAGAGAAAGCAGGAUUAGGCUGAUGAGUUGGAUGAUCAACCAUGAUUGUGAAGAACGUUGAAGCAGGCUCAAAGGGCCGAAAGACCUUAUCCUGUUCCUAUCUUCUAUGUUUCUAUUGAAUAGGAUGCUGGUUAUUGUGACAUCACUUUUAAUUUUCAGGAAGUGGACAAAUAUCCAGUGGUUUAGCUUUCUGAAUUGGAUAGUCUACUGCAACAAAGUCCUACAGGGAACACAGGCACAAAUUUUAAGAGAAAAGGUUUAUUCUAUGAUCGACUAAGAGAUAUGAACUUUGGAGGAGAAAAUGCUAACCCAGGACUUGCAAUGGAUGCAAAACAGAAACAAACUUGAAUGCACAAAAGUGAACAUCAUUAAUGGCUGAAAACUCAAAUUAAACAAUUCUUAGUAGAUCCUAGAAAUGUGAACUCUUUUGCUUUGUAAGUGUUCUGUUGCAUUGUGAUAGCUCAGUACAGUGGAAUGUGUUGGUGCUGUUGUGAUAGACAGUAUUACAGUGUGUAAAUUUUAAUUUAUAUUUAUUUUUUAAGGAUAAGUUGAAACCUGUUUCAUAAGAAUU